AACUUACAUGGAUCCAAAAAUUCAAGAAAUUGCCAUACAUCUUAUUCCUAUUUGAUGUUAAUGUUACAAAAUGUUUGGAAUACCAAAUUUAUUGAAGAUGAAAAGAAAAUAAAUGAGUGUAUAAUUGGAGAAUUACCUACAUUGAUACGUGGUGUUUUAAAACCUAUUGUGAUGUUACUUACUGAAACCCCUGUUUCUACUAAUCAAUACGCGAAAGUCACCUUUAGAUUUUAUGAUUUUAAUGAAAGUAAAAAUUAUCCAAAACAACAACUUAAAAAUAUUAUUAACUUAGCUUAUAAAACAAAUGAUACAGAAAUAAAUAAUAUAUUAAAAAAUGUAAGUAAAGUAGUUGAGUUAUUACCCGAAGCAUUUCUUAAAUGA